CGUCGUCAACUCACUACACCAGGCGACCCCCACCUAGCCCACUUGAACGGCAUCCCUCACAAGCACAUCGCGCGCUUCCCGCUUAGCAAUCGCAAUCACGCACCGCGCAGAUUGAAUAGGCCUUUGACGACGACGCACUCACCUCGCGUCGCCGUGGCUGCGCAUCGUGUACGACGCCAUGUCGGCCAUUUCGGAGGAGGAGCUCGAAAGGGAGGUCCGCACACUCAAGCACCUGCGACGCCGUUCAGCGACGGGGACAGGCCCAGGCGAGCUCCCCGUGGAUCCCGAUCUUCCCCCACAAGACUCGUUCCAUCAUGGAUCAGACGCCAAGCAUUACUCCUCCAACGACGACGUGACGCUUAGUCUCGACGCUGACUCGGGACUGUUUUGGGUGCCAGCGCAUCUUCACCCAGAAUUAGCCCCAGGCGAGUUCCGCAACUUUCUCAAGUCGCACACCGUUGACCCGGAUGCGGAGGGCAGUGACACCAACGAGGCGACGUUGGCGCGUAGCCCCUCGUGGCUCGCACGGAGUCGGUCAAUGUCAGGCAGCCUGAACAGGAAAAAGUCGAUGCUGUCCAAGCAGUACACGCCCAGACCCGGCGACAAUGUUGAGGCGGAGCGCGCCCCCGUCAGGCGAGGCUCACUCGCGCGUAACAACGAGCAAGGCCCCACUCUCCGCGAUUUGCAAAAGCUCGAGGAGCUCGUCGACGACCCGGAGUUUACGCAAAAUCCGGAGAAGAUGCGCGAAGUUCUGCGGCGAAGCUUGAGCCAGCGGAUGCAGCCUGGGCUGAAUGAAACUACUCAAGGUGAUGGCGAGACUGAUGCUCCCCUCGUCCCGCCUCGCCCGGGUUCCAUUAUCCGUCGCACGGCGAGGACUAAGAUCCGGAAGGGGCCAAACGAUGGCAGCAGGCGCUUCUCAUCAGGGCGGCGCCAGCGCCUCACUUCGCCGAGCCAGCAGCACAUUCGGGGCGAGUCUUCCUCUAUGGAAGAUGGGGAUCGUCGCAGCGAUGAACGGCGCAGCGACGAGACGAGCGAGGAGGCCAGCGAGACAUUCCAUCAGCCCACACCUCUCGCAGCCGGACCAGUCCCUGCUUCAGACGACUCGGCAGACGAAGCGCUCAUCGUGGAUGCCUACGCGCGUGAAUCGGUGGUAGAGCUAUAUGGCGAAAGCAGGUCGCCGAGCCCCGACGAUCCUGCGCAGCCGGCUUCACAGCACGGCAGGCAACGUCCCUACCUCUCACCUAUCACCACUGGCAAGCCUGCCGAGUUGCCGGGCGCACCAGAGGAUGAUCUUAGGCCUAAGCAACAAGACGCAGACCUGAGUGCUGCCCUCCACGCUGUCACCUUGUUGCCACCGUCAGGCUCCUCGGAAGACAUCUUUCAGGCGCGCCCCGACUCCUUCGUUGACAACUACGUGGACGCAUACACCGGAGAUGAGGCGUAUCGGGCGUAUCUCGAGGAGGAAGAAGAAGAAGGGCCCCCCGCCCCUGUACUGCCGUCAAAGUCAGCUGUCGCGCAACAGCCGCAGCAGCCGCAGCCGACUGCCCAGCAAGCUUUCCCGCCUGGAAUGGCGCCACCAUUGCAGACUUUCCCUUCUGGUGCGUCGACCUCUGGUCAACAGCGGCCAGCGCCUCCAACACUCGUCAUCGAGCGACCGCCCCUGGCCCGCACAGACUCGAACACAUCGGCGAUGUCGUCUACAUCUUCGAUUGCAACCACGGCGACUACGGCAUCGACCUCCACUACUCCAUCCCAUCCUCAUCACGCCCGGGAGAAGGAGAAGGAGAAGGGACGGAAGGGUUUGUUUGGCAAGAAGCAACACAAGGAUAGGGAGAAGGACAAGCCGAAGAAGGAGAAGGACGGACUCUUCGGUGGGUUGUUUGGAGGCUCGAAGAAGAAGCAAGAGGAGGCGUCGUCCGUGUCCAACUUCGCCACGGCCGGCCCCGCUGCAGCCGCGGCUCUGCUUGGCACGUCAAAGUCGGCCAAGUCGCUCCAGCCCUCGGGCGCUUCGUCGCCCACGUCGCCCGGCUUCUCGAACUUUGCCCGCUACCCGAUUCAUGUCGAGCGCGCUGUCUACCGCCUCAGCCACAUCAAGCUGGCGAACGCGCGCCGUCCCCUGAUCGAGCAAGUGCUCAUCUCCAACCUUAUGUUCUGGUAUCUAGGCGUCAUCGGCAGAGCUGCAGGGCCCGCAGAGGAUUCUAAACCCGGCACAGUCAACGGCUUGGACAAGGACCGCAGCGAAUCGCAGCGGACCCCUCCCCCCAAGGGCACGCCGCCCCAGUCGCCAGACUCUGGUCAGUUUGAGGAUAAGAGCGGACAUCUGCGCUCUCAGUCACCUACGGCACAGCAACAGACGCGGCGAGAGGAACAGCAGCAAGAGUUGUCGCCUCCGCCGUCGCCAUCGCCACCCCCAGCGCGCAAGACGGGGCUCGUGAAACCAGAACGGAGUAGAAACGCCAACAAUAGCGAGGCAGCGUAUCGCGCCCCACAGUACGGAGUGCAGAACGCGCAAGUUGAGCACGAAGUGCGGUCUGCGCAACACAAACCGGCUCCGCAGCCUCAGUCGCAGCCCCCGCCCCCCCAUCGGACCGCUUCGCCACCUCAGCAGCGAGAACCACCGCAGCAACAGCAGCCUCACACGCCAUACCAACAAGCUCCGGCGCCCGCCCCUCGCUCGUCAUCCAUUCCUUCCAAUCCUCAGCGCACUCGAUCGCCUCCUUCUCCUGCUCACCAGCAUCAGCAGCCUCGUCCCGAGUAUCCGCCAGGAGUCGCGCCACCCCGACCCCAGCAGUUUGCCCCAGGUGGCGGCCGACCUCUCUCACAGCAGCCCGAACGACGCCCUCAGCACCCUCCAGGCGCCCAACCUGCUUGUCCGCAGCAACCCGGGAUACGCCCACCUCCUCAGCAGCAGCACCAGGGAUUGCAGCCCUCGGUGAAUGGCUCGAUGAGAUUGGACAGGCCAAUGUACGCGCCUUACCCCGGUGGCGGCGGGGGCGGAGGAGGAGCAGGUGCUGUUGGUGGUGGCGGACCUCCUCAGCGCAACCACAGCAACGGCGGCGGCCAGCCUGGCUCUGUCUAUCAGUACCCACAGCAGUACUCGCGUCCUGGACACCACGGACCGCAACCGGGUCAGAUAUUCACGGCGCAACCAGGCCAGAUAUUCCAUCACCCACAGUACCAAGCUCCGCAGCAGCGUCCACCUGGAGGCGCUGCCGUGCCAGCGCAGAAUUGGGGUGAGCCUCAGCGGUUGCCGCCGGGGCAGCAAGGGCCAGCCCUGGCACAGACGCCACCUAGACGCACGUCAUCCAAUGCUUCCGCGGACGCGUACGGGCGACAGGGAUACCAGCAGAGCGGGCAGACGUCGCCUACCAACGGAGGGUUCUACUCUCAGCAGCGCCCGCCCGGCCAAUACCAGCAAUACCCAUCUGGCCAACCGCGGGCUCAGCCUGUGCCAUCAGGCCAGUAUCCUCACCACCGCUAAGUGUUCUACACGGCGAGGUCCAUGGACAUUAUUGCGGACCGAGCCUACGUGUCGCUUCCGCCGCAUUCCGUACUAUCAUGCUCUAGCAUCCAUCACACUCAUUGACAGAGAGAGAGGUUGGGAGACGGCGGU